AGUAAACUUUCUUUUAAAAUUGAAUUAAGAUAUGCAAAUAUGUUUCAUGACACAGCGCAUGGGUUUUAACCUUGAAUAAAUCAAUUUGGUUGUGUCAAUUAUGGUUGCAAUUGUUAGCUGUUCAAAAGAAUACUUAUUUGUUGCGCCUCUAUUAAUAUGCAGUAAAUUGAAAAAAUAAAAACAAGCAAACAUAACAAGUAAAAAUGAAUGACAGAACUUCAAUACCAGAAUUUUUCACUGGCCGUGAUAUAUUCAUAACAGGAGGUUCAGGAUUUUUAGGAAAAGCUUUAAUUGAAAAACUUUUGCGUUCUUGUUCGAAUCUAAACAGAAUUUAUGUUUUAAUUCGUGGGAAAAAAGGAAAAACAGCCGAAGCACGUUUAAAGGAAAUGUUCAAUUCAGAGUUUUUUAACAAGGUUCGAGAAAAGAAUGAUUUGUUAAUAAACAAAGUCACAGCAAUCGAUGGUGAUGUUAUGCUUCCGGGCUUAGGAAUAAGUGCUUCAAAUGUACAAAUGUUAAAGAAUGUAUCGAUUGUUAUUCAUUCAGCUGCUAGUGUAAAGUUUGAUGAUCCGUUAAAGGAGGCAAUUUUAAUGAAUGCUCGAGGCACAUUGGAAACUCUUAAAUUAGCUGAAGGUUUUCCAAAUAUAAAAGCAUUUGUCCAUAUAUCCACAACUUACUCAAAUCCAGACAAACACGUAGUAGAAGAAGAGCUCUAUCCAGCAAAAGUAGAUUGGAGAACGGCAAUUAAGCUAGCUGAAAACUACAGCACAGAAAUGCUUAAUAUAUUUAACCUAAAGUACAGCGAAUUUCAGCCUAAUACCUAUACUUUUACAAAAGGUUUAGCGGAGCAAAUAGCUAACGAUUACAAACAAAAAUUACCUGUUUUCAUUUAUAGACCGUCUAUUGUGGUCUCAUCAAUAGAAGAACCAGUGCCAGGAUGGAUAGAUAACUUUAACGGCCCAGUUGGAAUGUUUGUCGCCAGUGGCAUUGGAAUUCUCCGUACAGCACAUGGAGAUCCGGAUGUUUGCCUCGACUACAUGCCAGUUGAUAUUGCUGUUAAAGGAUUAAUAGUAGCCGUUUAUAAGAAAUGCCUUGAAAAUCAUAGUCCAGAGGAAUUGAUUGUCUACAAUUGCUCAACAGCAACAGUCCGUCCAGUUUCUACUGGUGACGUCAUAGAAAUGGCUAAAGUUUUAAUCAAAGAUAAUCCAAUGGAGCAAACAUUUUGGGUGCCUGGAGGAGGCAUAACAAGAUAUAAAUAUUGGUACUAUUUGCGGUUUAUGACUUUGCAUGUUCUUUUCGCAAUUUUGGCAGACACAAUACUUCGCAUCUCAAAUAAUAAGCCAUUUUUUCUUAAACUUCAACGGAAAAUAUAUGCUGCCAAUAAUGCACUGCACUAUUUUAAUAUAACGCAAUGGUCCUUCCAAAAUGAUAAGUUUUAUGAAAUGGAUAAAUUCAUAAUGCCUUGUGAUAAAAAAGAGUUUGCAUUUGAGCACUAUACAAAUAUUGAUAUACAUGAAUUUUUCAAAAAUGCUCUUGUUGGAGCUAAGUAUUGGCUGCUAAAAAUGCCUUUAAAAUCUUCAAAAUGGGCAAAAAUAAAAUUCCGUAUUCUUACCGUUGUGAAUUUUUCAAUUCAACUAACAAUUGGAAUAAUUAUUUUAAGAAUGGGAGUUUUAUAUGUUUAUCGCAAUUAUUUUACAACAAAUUCCACCUAGAAUAAAUCUUUUAUAAAAA